UGAAAAUGAACUUUGAUUUUUAGCAACAUUUGAAGUGUAUUAGACAUUUUUUUUUUGAUUCAUGUAAACAAUUAUUUAGUCAGCGCAUUGCUGAUGUAAACGUUUGCAAAAACCAUAUGUACGGGUUGUUUGUGUUCGAAUCAAUUUGUAGCAUCUCUUACCUACAAGUGUUUACACAUCCAAACACACCUCCCCAAUCCACCCACAAGUUAAUCAAAAAAAUAUACAACACGCAUUUAUUUGCGACGCAGCAGUAAUACGUUUGUUGAUGGCUUCGAAUUCGCUUGUUGGAAAGAUUGUGGUCGUCGUUGCACUCGCAUUAUUUCUCUACUAUUUCUUUUGGGUAUCCAUAUUGCCGUUUAUGUUAAUUGACGAAGGAAACAUAAUACAUUCGCUAUUUCCGCCGCUUGAAUAUGCCUUCAUAUUUCCGGCAGUGUUCGGUGUGAUUUUUCUUGGUGGCAUUUCAAUUUACACUUUGUAUCAUAUAUGGGAUCACAUUUGGGAGCGGAAAACUAUAUAAAAUCGUGCGUCAUUACAUUCUAAU